GGUUCUGAGGUGUUUCGAACCUGUCGUGUAUGCUGCACUUCGUGUCUCCAGGUGUUUGGGGAGAAGCAGGGAAAACAGUAUGACGCUGGACGGGAUGGCUUCAUCGACCUGAUGGAGCUGAAGCUGAUGAUGGAGAAGCUGGGGGCCCCCCAGACCCACCUGGGCCUGAAGAGCAUGAUCAGGGAGGUGGACGAGGACUUCGAUGGCAAACUCAGCUUCCGGGAGUUCCUGCUCAUUUUCCACAAGGCUGCAGCCGGGGAGCUCCAGGAGGACAGCGGGCUGAUGGCGCUGGCAAAGCUCUCCGAGAUCGACGUUGCCCUGGAGGGUGUCAAAGGUGCCAAGCACUUCUUCGAAGCCAAGGCACAAGCCUUGUCAUCGUCCAGCAAGUUCGAAGCAGAGUUAAAAGCCGAGCAAGAAGAGCGGAAGCGGGAGGAGGAGGAGAGGCAGCUCCGCCAGGCGGCCUUCCGGGAGCUCAAGGCCACCUUCAGCACAUAGUCUGGGUGCCCUUGAGCCCCGUCCACCACUGUGCCUCACUGAUGCCCCGUCACCCCCACCCCCUGCCACCCCCUCCCUGAACUAGCCUCCACGCCCACUGGCCACCAAGUCCCAGGGGGCCAGCGGCACUCUCUUGUCCCACUGUCCAAGUUCCUCUGCGAGGGUCCUGGGCUUGGCCCAGUGCCCUGCUGGCCUCUUCCCCUGCCUGGGCUCCUCUGUCGCCCAGAGCCAGAGCUGGCCUCGUGGGCAGCCUCUACUUUCCCCCUUCCCUCCCCAGUCCACGUCAGAGUAGCCUUUCUUGGUGAUUUGUGUAGACAGUUCUUCUUUUCCUUCUGUCCUCAGAGGGGCCAUUGCCCACCUGCUUGGAUAAUUCUCUGCGCUCCUGCCCUGCUUCCCCGGCUUCCCUUUCUCAUUCUCCGCCAGAUUCUCUCAGCUGCUUCAGCAUCUUUGGUGACGGUGGCCCUAAGGGAGGCCAGGGUGGACCACAACCCGCCUCAUCUCCAUCCGGGGCGCAGCGCCCAGCGAGGUCGUGCAAGGUACAGAUAGGGAGCUCUGUUCCUCGUCGCUCUUCUCCUGACCCCUCAGCAUCACCCCCAGGCCCACCCUCUCCGUGGCCCUCCGUCCGUGUGGCCCCACUGCCGUCGUGGCCCACUCUCCAGUACUCUGCUACGUAACUGUAAGGAGGAAAGAACGACUAGAAUAGCGACGAGCAGGAGGACGCGUGUCAACUCCGACUCUACGCGAAUCGUGGUAGGGUAGAACCCUCACGUUCCCAGUGGCAGGUCCAGGGCUUCCCCACACCCCCAAGGCCAUGGCCAUCCUUACCAUCCACUGGUUUCCAGCGUCUGCCCCCGAAGGUACUGAGGUGAGGUACCCUCCACCCAGGUUUUUAUAUCUUGUAAGUUCUUGGGAUUGUUCACGAAUACCAGGAAUUCGAUGUACUUUUUAAAAAAAAUUCCUAAUGUAUUUAUUACAUCUAUUAUCGGCUGUCUUGACAAUAAAAAUAAAAGAUGUACCUUCCUACCUUACAACUAUUUCUUUUCAAAUAAACUACGCGAAUGAACUUGGCCCUCA